CAUUGCUUCUUGAAAUUCUCUGUUUUUUUUCAGACAAGUUUCAAGAAAAGACAGAAAGUGAAACAAGUCUUAUCUUUUUUUUUUUUUGGUGUGGAACAUUACACCAGUGAAGAGAUGUCUUACAGUGACCCAAACCAAAACCCAAUUCCAGAAACUUACGCUCCAUCGAACUCAAAUGAGUCUGAGAAACUGAAACUUUACCAAGCUUUUAUCUUCUCUGUUCCAAUCUGUUUCACAUUCAUCGUUCUCUUCGUUCUUUACGUCAUUUACCUCCGUCGAAACAGCACCACCAACGUCGAUUGGUCUUCUCUUGGAAUGCGUGGUGGAAUCUUUGUGCCCACCAACAACAAUCUCUCAACGGCUGAAUUAGGACUGAGCAAAGAUUUGAGAGAGAUGCUUCCCAUUGUCAUCUACAAAGAGAGUUUCACAGUUAAAGAUUCACAAUGUUCAGUGUGUCUUGGGGACUACCAAGCAGAAGAGAAACUUCAACAAAUGCCAAAAUGUGGGCACACUUUUCACAUGGAAUGUAUUGAUCUUUGGCUCACAUCACACACAACGUGCCCUCUUUGUCGUCUCUCUCUUAUCCCCAAACCGUCCCAUCAAAGUCCAGAGAUAGUCUCUCCCAUAGAAAACUCUAAUGGAGGAGGAGCUUCGGCUCAACCAGAUUCCCAAUCAACAACCGAAGCAGUAAGUCACAUCGAGGAUAUCCAAGAAGGUAACGCAGAUAGUCAAGAAGUCUCUAAGGAACCGGAAGAGAAUGACCGAAACAGCGUAGGGACUUCUGAUGGUUGUUGUACUUGUAGACUUGGUUAAAAAGCAUAAAAGCUUUAUCUUGUCUUUUGAUGAUCAUUUUGGUAAGAUUUAAGAAUUUUUGUUUUCUCUCUUGCGUUUGUUACUUGUAACAUUGUUAGGAGUGAAAUGAAUGCAUGAUCCAUAA